CAGCUCAAGCGCUCAAGGCAAGCAGUCGCAACCCAUCGUCAUGGCCAGGGACCAGCCCACGCAGACGACCUGUGGGCUCUCGCCAAAUCUCCAUCUUCUCUGUUUCAUUCUUCACUUAAUCGUUGAGCAAUCGUAUUCUCGCUUUUUUUGGUCGAUACCAUCCAUCAGCUUGCUACAUCAUCAUCGUUGCUCUCUCAUCAGCAUUCAUCUACAUCACACAGGAUCAGCAUCACAGAAUCAUCAACGUACUUCGCGAUCACGGAAGUAGACACGCAAACUCCCCCCUCAUCCACCAUGCUCGCCUCGGCUUUGUCCUCCGAGUGGCACCCCAAUGACAAAUUGAACGGAUCCAAUAACCCAUCUCCUUCCCAGAAUGGCGACCCUCCUGCCGACUCGGUUCAGAAUGACGAAGCUUCGUCCCCAAACGGCAACCCCUCGAACCAGACCGGCGGAUCCUCAUUUCUGAGUCCGGUGCAGCACAACAACCAUGGAGCAAAUUCCAGCGACUCCUACAUGACAAUGGAGCCCACCGAGCACUCUGCCAUCGAAAGCAAGGGACCCCCUCCAGCCUACACCAUGCCAGGCCCUUCUGAACGACCCCCAACCAAGAACUACCGCGCCAAAGCCCUCUGGGCCAAAGUCAAAUCCAAGCUGAACCACCUCGCCAGCCGCAAUGCCGCUAAUAAUAACAACCCCAACAAAACCUUCAAACAACAGCAAAGAGACCAAGCCCGGAUCCAAGGCACCCCGGAUCACGUUAUGUCGGCCCUGGCCUGCGCGGCUCCGGCAACCACGUUGAGAGGCAGCGUCCGCGAUAAGCUGAAGAAGCCGUUUCGGCGAAGCGGAGGCGGCGCCGCCUCGAAGGGGCCACACGACAGAGAGGACGGCCCGGCGCUCGCUUCGGGCGCUUUGGCGGGAUUUGAAGACGGUCCCGCGUUGGAGAAUUACGGAGGUUCUGGCUUGGAGGCGCCCUGUGUGAAGUCGACCGGCACGGCCGUUGCUGGGGUUCCGGCGAUUGAGGUGACUAGUGUUUCGGAUAUGGAGAAGUUAAGUAAGGAACGAACUUGAGUUGGAAGGAAGGAUCGAAGGGGGGACUUGCAUAACAAUAGAAAGGGCUACGUAUAUGAUGGCUUGGC